GCAAACCUUAUCCUUGUGUUGUGUGAAAUGCAAAGCCCAAAUGGAUACAGUUAUAUUGUUGUAUCUCCAAUUCACUUCUCAACUCUGAAACUUUGAAAAACUAAAUGGCUUCUGCAACAUCUUCUAUUUCCUCAUCUAUCUACAACAAUAGAAUCUACAACCUCUCAUUCACCCAUUCUUCCAUUUCACUCACCACCACCAACUUCCCUCAAAGACCCAUUUCCCAUAAACCCUUCAAUCUCAACCUCAACUCUCAAAGUUUCAAUCUUUGCCCUAUCCCACUUCAAAUUCUUCACCCCCCGUUCGCUUCCUUAGAUGAAUUCCAAGUUUCUCAACAAGAGAACUCAGAAUCAGAACCACAAACAGAAACAUUUGAAAAACCACAGCAAGAAGAAGAGCAGAAAGUAACAAUCUCAGACGAUGCUGGGAGACUCUAUGUUGGAAACUUGCCAUUUUCAAUUACUUCUUCUCAGUUGGCUGAGAUCUUUGCAGAAGCUGGUACUGUCGUGUCUGUUGAGAUUGUGUAUGAUCGAGUCACUGACAGGAGCAGAGGAUUUGCAUUUGUUACAAUGAAGAGUGUUGAAGAAGCUAAAGAAGCAAUUCGAAUGUUUGAUGGUUCUCAAAUUGGUGGUAGGAGUGCUAAGGUAAACUUUCCAGAAGUGCCCAAAGGAGGUGAAAGGUUGGUAAUGGGGAAAAAAGUAAGGAGCGCCUACAAAGGCUUUGUUGAUAGUCCUCACAAGAUUUAUGCUGGAAACCUUGGCUGGGGACUGAACUCUCAGGAACUUAGAGAUGCCUUUGCUGAACAGCCAGGCUUAUUGGGUGCCAAGGUCAUUUAUGAGAGGGACAAUGGAAGAUCUCGAGGUUUUGGAUUCGUCACUUUUGAAACUGCCGAGAAUUUAGAGGCUGCUUUGAACGCAAUGAAUGGCGUGGAAGUUCAAGGCCGGCCCUUGCGAUUGAAUUUGGCUUCAGAGAGGACAACCUCAUCUCCUCCUCCGGUAGUUGAGGAAAAUACAAAAAGCAAUGUUGAUAGCUCAGAAUUGGUGUCUAGUGCCAGCACUUGAGGAAAUAUGAUUGAUCAAAGUUUUGCCCGCAAAAUAUACAUCAUUUAGCUUUUCGCCCAAUUAAUAUUUUCUGUCGAACUAGUUAGACUGGUAUACACUAACUAGAUUUUCAGGCAGUUGUGAGAUGUAUCUAUAAGGGGUCGAUGUCAUUAUAUGGUUUGUAAUUGUGAAGAACAAGCUCCAGAGUUUGAUGGGAUAAUAUAACUUAUUCAAUAGAAGAUUUAUUGAAAUGAUAACCUUCACUUGAGGGUAUAAAAUAGUGUUGAAAACU